CCGCCGCCAUACAAAGCGUGCAGACUAAUACAUACCAACCCUCGGAGUACGCUUGAUUAACAUGCUUCACUAUCUCAGUCGUUAUGCAAUGAACACAUGGAUAAAAAGAUGACCGCGAAAGUUAUCUCUCUACACGUGUUCUUGGGCUAUCGGAAGGAGAUUGACUCCACUAUAGCAUCUUCUUUGCGCGAUGCCAAGUCAGAUCGGUCUGUUCUAGGAAAGCUACGGCGACAGUACAGGUAACAAAAUGCGCCUAACCCCAAAGGAACUCGAAGGACUGCUUGUACACCAGGCAGGAUCCCUAGCACAGAAACGUUUAGCCAGAGGUGUACUUCUCAAUCAUCCCGAAGCUAUUGCUUUGAUCGCCUGUCAAGUUCAGGAGAUGGCCCGGGACGGAUUGAGUUUAGCUGAAGUAAUGGACAGAGGAACACAGUUAUUAGGUAGAAAUCAAGUGUUACCGGGAGUACCGGAACUGAUAGAAGAAAUGACGGUCGAAGCUACUUUUCCAGAUGGAACGAAGUUGGCUUCCCUACAGUAUCCAAUCAGACGAGAAAAUGGAGACCUGGAGCAAGCCCUUUAUGGAAGCUUUCUGCCUGUUCCCGAAUGCUCAGUCUUUGAAAAGAACAAGGCCUGUGUUCUGGAGCGCAUUCAACCUCUGAACCAAAAUCACCUGAGCAAAGAGAUAAAGGCCCUGCUGGAGGCACCUCCAGGUCACGUGAUUCCCGCCAAAGACGGCGAUCUUCUGCUGAACAAGAACAGAAAGACAAUCACUUUGAGGGUAACAAACAUGAGUGAUAGGCCUAUACAAGUCGGAAGUCACUACCACUUUAUUGAAGCGAACAAAUACCUCGUCUUUGAUCGUGAAAAGGCUUAUGGCAUGAGACUUAAUGUUCCAGCGGGGCAGUCCAUUCGGUUUGAACCUGGAGAUGAGCGCAAGGUUCCUCUGGUCGAGAUCGCCGGUUUUAAAAUCGUACGAGGUGGAAACAAUCUGUGUGAUGGGGAGGUCAGCCCUGAAAACCUGCCUAUGGUCAUGCAGAGAGUCAUCGAGAGAGGUUUUGGACACAGAAGACAAGAAUAUUGUCGAGAGGAGCAUUCGGAGUUAACAAUGAACAGGGUGGACUACGCUGCAAGUUACGGUCCUACAACGGGGGACAAGAUACAACUCGGUGAUACGUGUUUGGUUAUAGAGGUGGAAAAAGAUUACGCAAAUUACGGGGAUGAAGCCAAGUUCGGAGGUGGGAAGGUAAUUCGCGAUGGAAUGGGUCAGGCAUGUUGCCGAAAAUCGGAAGAAGUGUUGGACACCGUCAUCACUAAUGCGCUGAUCAUAGAUGCAUGUUUGGGGAUAGUAAAAGCUGAUAUCGGAAUAAAGGGAAACAAGAUUAAGGCCAUCGGAAAAGCGGGCAACCCCGACAUCAUGGAGAUGGUGCAUCCGGAUCUGGUCAUUGGAUGCAGCACAGAAGUGAUCGCCGGGGAAGGUCUCAUAGUGACUGCAGGAGCCAUCGAUACCCACGUGCAUUUCAUAUGUCCGCAGUUGAUAGAACAGGCUAUAGCCGGCGGAAUCACCACGCUCAUUGGCGGAGGAUCCGGCCCAGCAUCGGGCACUCGGGCAACAACGUGCAGUCCUGGUCCGGAGUGCAUCCGCAAUAUGAUCCAAAGUACCGACGAUUUUCCAAUGAACUUCGGAUUCACCGGUAAAGGAAACACGUCCUAUACGCAAGGUUUGGCUCCCGAAUUGGUCUCCCAAGUCGAAGCUGGUGCAAUCGGGUUAAAGUUGCACGAAGACUGGGCCUCAACUCCCGCCGCCAUCGAUGCGUGUCUGAAGGUCGCCGAUGCUUACGACGUUCAGGCACUUAUUCACACGGAUACACUGAACGAAUCUGGAUGCCUGGAACAAACAGUGGAAGCCUUUGAUGGACGAACAAUCCACGCGUACCAUGCUGAAGGGGCCGGAGGGGGCCACGCGCCAGACGUGAUUGCUGUGUGUGGCGAGCAGAACGUGUUGCCUUCGUCCACGAAUCCAACCAGGCCGUACACGAGGAAUACCAUAGACGAAGCCUUGGAUAUGCUCAUCAUUUGUCAUCAUCUCGACAAGAAUAUUAAGGAGGACCUGGCCUUUGCAGAAUCUCGGAUCCGUGCUGAGACGAUCGCGGCCGAAGACGUCCUUCACGAUAUUGGUGCGAUCAGCAUCUACACGUCAGACUCGCUGGCAAUGGGCCGCAUCGGUGAAGUUGUAAGUCGGACGUGGCAGACGGCGGACAAAAUGAAAGCGUACCGUGGAAGGCUUCCUGAAGAUUCACCGCAGAACGACAAUUUCAGGGUGAAGCGAUACAUAGCAAAAUAUACAAUCAACCCAGCGAUAGCACACGGUGUGGACGAAUACAUCGGUUCUGUGCAGGCUGGAAAAAUGGCAGACUUGGUGCUCUGGAGGCCAUCUUUGUUCGGAGCAAAGCCGGAAAUGGUGAUCAAAGGAGGACAAGUGAUUAGCGCACAGUUAGGCUUGGCGAACGCAUCCAUCCCGAUCUCGGAACCCAUUGUUCUUCGAGAAAUGUUUGGUGCUUUAAGCCAUUCGGUGGGAAACAACUCUGUACUCUUUGUGUCACAGGUUUCCUUAGACAAAGGCAUUGUCCAACAGUACGGCGUGAAAAAGGCAUUGCUUCCCGUCCACGGUUCGAGGAAGGUCAGGAAAGCGGACUUUGUGUACAACGACUGCGCUCCCACAUUAAUAGUAAACCCAGAGACUUACACCGUAGAGUGGCUCAAAGAAGAGGACGGAAAAAUCAUCUACGACCAACUCACUUGCCCUCCCGUCGAUGAAGUUCCAUUGGCUCAACGGUAUUUUCUCUUCUAGCUGCGUGAAUAAUUUAUUUUUACACACGUUCUAUUUAUAUAUAUAACGCAUUUGUCUCAAUGGGAAGAGAGGACGAAAUAAAGUUUGCUACCAACUUUGC